CUAUAUCUUUUUUUAUUAUUAUUUUUUGUAUUAUUUAGCAGACUCUUCAGCACUAGUAAUGUGCUCUCUACCACAAAAGAUGAAUCUACCACUUCCACAGACAGCACCACCAAAGUGGCAUCAAAGGAGGGUAUAGCAGAAACACCAAAGCAGAAAUUGCUAAAAAUUAUUGGUGAUAUGAAAGUAGAAGUGACCACCAAGAGGAAAUUUCAAGAAUUAAAAGAACAGGAGAUCAAAAAGCAAGCCACUAACGAGCAGGAAGGCCUGGACAGUGAAAGUAGCACAUUUCAAAAUACUGCGGAAGACGUUCAGCGAAGCAAGCCUUUAAAUCCAGAACUGGUGCAGGCUGCAUCUGCCGUUGCAUCUUCUUUCCCACGCAGCAAGGAACAGGCAGAAUCAGAAUUACUUGCACAACUUAGAAGACAUGAAGAAACCACAGAUAAACAGAGAAGGGGAGGAACUAUUAACAUACGCAAUGUUAUUUCGGAAAUGGCAGUUAAGAGGCAAUCGCCAGCUCAGAGAGGUGUGAGGAUAUCCAAUCGCAUCUCCUUGGAGAUGGAUGAAGAUGGUCAAAGAAUCAAGCCUGGAAGAUCCUCAUCUCGCUCUUUUGACUCCGGAAGAAGUCUUAAAGCAGGAAAAAGGCUUAAUAUAUUCACUAAGGCUUCUCCAGAAACGGAAAAUACACUGAAAACAGUAUCUUCACCAACAAUUUGGGAUCUGGAAUUUGCAAAGGAGAUUGCAGCAGUAACUGAGCAGCCUCCCAGGAACGGUUUUGAAGAGAUGAUCCAGUGGACAAAAGAAGGAAUACUGUGGGAGUUUCCAAUUGACAAUGAAGCAGGGAUGGAUGAUGGUGCUGAAUUUCAUGAACAUAUCUUUCUGGAGAAACACCUCAAAGACUUUCCCAAGCAAGGACCUAUUCGCCACUUCAUGGAACUGGUCAUCUGUGGGCUUUCAAAAAACCCAUACCUCAGUGUUAAGCAGAAGAUUGAACAUAUUGAGUGGUUUCGGAAUUAUUUUGAGGAAAAGAAGGAAUUUCUUCAAGAGAUUUGAGACUUGGGAAAGUGCUUAACCUUUAAGUGAAGAAAAUGUGCAGUAGUCAUGUGAUCUGAAAGUUGCAUUUUUAAUAAUAAAGGCUGUACUUCUGUGUGCGUAUGUCCA